CCCACGGGAUUUGUUAAGCGAUACGUUCUUUCCUCCAAGGAAGGAGCGUUCGACUUGAAAGCUUUGAAAUUAUCAUUUGGCAACACUUUAUGGAAUCUAAUCUUGUUUGAUAAUAAAGUCACAUGCGCGGAGGCGUGGCUCCCGUUAUAGUAAUAAAACAGAGAAGUGGGCUUGAAGGAUUUCGUUGACUUUAAAUAAUUAACACGUUAAUUUAAUACAAUUUUAAUUAACUAAAAAUCAUGUCCUUGAAAGUAUUUUACGAUUUAAUGUCACAGCCUUGCAGGGCUCUUGUUAUUUUCUUAAAAAUGAAUCAAAUACCCUUUGAAUCUAAACUGGUUGCUUUAAGAAAAGGAGAGCAUCUGACGUCAGAAUUUUCUAAGUUGAAUGUGUUUCAGAAAGUUCCUGUAAUUUAUCACAAUGGAUUUAUAUUAACAGAAAGCAUUGCCAUGAUAAGGUAUCUUGUCAGAGAGUUUAAGGUGGAAGAUCAUUGGUAUCCAAAAGACAGCAAAAAACAAGCAAAAGUAGAUGAAUAUUUGGAAUGGCAACAUCUCAAUACUAGAUUGUUUGGUAGCAUGAUUUUUCGUGAGAGGGUAAUAACUCCUUCACUUGAAAACAAGCCAGUCAACAAUGCCAAGAUUGAAUUCUACAAGGAUAAUUUUGUAAAAGUUUUAAAAAAUAUAGAAAAAGGUUUCUUGAAAGAUAAAAAUUACCUCUGUGGAGAUGAAAUUUCAGUUGCAGAUAUAUUUUGCAGUUGUGAAAUAGAGCAGCCUCUUAUUAUUGGUUUUGAUCCCAUUUCUGAGGUUCCAAGAGUAAAAUCCUGGCUGGAAAGAAUUCGUCGAGAACUGGAGCCUCAUUACAGCGAAGUUCAUGAUGUUACAAAAUUAAUAAAAAAUGCAAUUGAGAAAGGAAAGCUGUAACGUCCUUUUGUUACCUAUUCUGUAUUUUAUAACUUUAAAAACAUAAAAGUUUUCGUGUUUAUUGCUGAA